CCUUUAGGAAGUCUUACAGCUCCUGAUGGUACAGCUCCUGAGAAAGAAAAGAAAUCUCCUGCUGUUCAGACUAAAGCAGCCAGAGGGAAAGGAAAAGGGAAGAAAAAGGGAGGAAAAGGAAAAGAAGAGCCAGAAGAAGAAACAGACCCAAGAAAGCUUGAACUCUUGAACUGGGUGAAUUCCUUGGAACAGGCUAUGCUGGAUGCACUGGUUCUGGAUCGAGUGGACUUCGUGAAACUACUUAUUGAGAAUGGAGUGAACAUGCAGCACUUCCUCACUAUUCCUCGACUGGAAGAACUUUAUAAUACUAGAUUGGGUCCGCCAAAUACACUGCAUCUACUAGUCAGAGAUGUGAAAAAGGGAAAUCUUCCACCAGAUUAUCAUAUCAGCCUAAUAGAUAUUGGUCUUGUACUUGAAUAUCUCAUGGGUGGAGCUUAUCGUUGCAACUAUACUCGAAAAAGCUUUCGGACUCUUUAUAAUAAUUUAUUUGGACCAAAGAGGCCAAAAGCUCUUAAACUACUAGGGAUGGAGGAUGAUGAGCCUCCCACCAAAGGGAAGAAGAAAAAGAAGAAAAAGGAGGAAGAGAUCGAUAUUGAUGUGGAUGACCCAGAAGUUAGCCGUUUUCAGUAUCCCUUUCAUGAACUGAUGGUGUGGGCUGUGUUGAUGAAGCGGCAAAAGAUGGCACUCUUCCUUUGGCAGCGAGGGGAGGAAACCAUGGCAAAGGCACUUGUGGCCUGUAAACUGUACAAGUCUAUGGCCCAUGAGUCUUCCGAGAGUGAGCUGGUGGAUGACAUCUCUCAGGAUCUGGACAACAACUCAAAAGAUUUUGGCCAGCUGGCUGUUGAACUCUUGGACCAGUCCUAUAAACAUGAUGAGCAGAUUGCCAUGAAACUACUGACCUAUGAAUUGAAAAACUGGAGUAAUUCUACUUGCCUGAAAUUGGCUGUGGCAGCUAAACAUAGGGACUUCAUUGCUCACACAUGCAGCCAGAUGCUCUUAACAGAUAUGUGGAUGGGGCGACUACGCAUGCGGAAAAACCCAGGCCUUAAGGUUAUAAUGGGGAUUCUCUUCCCUCCCACCAUCCUUUUCCUAGAAUUUCGAAGUUACGAUGAUUAUUCUUACCAGACAUCAAGAGAAAACGAAGAAGGCAAAGAAAAGGAGGAGGAAAAUGCGGAUGCUAAUGUGGAUGCAGGCUCCCGAAAAGGAGAUGAAGAGAAUGGAAAUAAAAAACAAAAGAGCCUUCCAAUUGGAACAAAGAUUUAUGAAUUCUAUAAUGCACCUAUUGUCAAAUUUUGGUUCUACACAAUAUCAUACCUUGGUUACUUGAUGCUAUUUAAUUACAUCAUCUUGGUGCGGAUGGAACGGUGGCCAUCAGUCCAGGAAUGGAUUGUCAUCUCCUACAUUGUGACGUUGGCUUUAGAGAAAGUAAGAGAGAUUCUGAUGUCAGAGCCUGGCAAGCUGAGCCAAAAAGUGAAAGUUUGGCUGCAGGAAUAUUGGAAUAUUACUGACCUGGUGGCUAUUUCAGUAUUUAUGAUAGGAGCAAUUCUUCGCCUACAGAACCAGCCUUAUAUGGGUUAUGGAAGAGUGAUUUACUGCGUAGAUAUAAUUUUCUGGUACAUUAGAGUACUAGAUAUCUUUGGUGUGAACAAAUAUCUGGGACCUUACGUCAUGAUGAUUGGAAAGAUGAUGAUUGACAUGCUGUACUUUGUGGUCAUCAUGCUUGUGGUUUUGAUGAGUUUUGGAGUAGCCCGCCAAGCUAUCCUGCACCCAGACGAGGAGCCUUCUUGGAGACUAGCUCGCAACAUCUUCUAUAUGCCCUACUGGAUGAUCUAUGGAGAGGUGUUCGCAGACCAGAUAGACCUCUAUGCCAUGGAAAUAAAUCCUCCUUGUGGAGACAAUCUCUACGAUGACGAUGGUAAACGCCUCCCUCCAUGUAUACCGGGGGCCUGGCUCACUCCUGCUAUUAUGGCCUGUUACCUCUUGGUAGCAAAUAUCCUGUUGGUAAACCUACUGAUUGCUGUCUUCAACAAUACCUUCUUUGAGGUAAAAUCAAUAUCCAACCAAGUCUGGAAGUUCCAGCGGUACCAGCUGAUCAUGACGUUCCAUGACAGACCUGUCCUCCCACCACCAAUGAUUAUCUUCAGCCACGUCUACAUAAUCAUCAAGCGAAUCUGCUGUCGCUGCAAGAGGGGUGAAGGAGACCAGGAUGAGCGUGACAGGGGACUAAAGUUAUUUUUGAACGACGAAGAGCUAAAAAAACUGUACGAGUUUGAAGAGCAGUGUGUAGAAGAAUACUUCCAGGAAAAAGAGGAUGAACAGCAAUCGUCUAAUGAUGAACGCAUCAGAGUUACCUCUGAAAGAGUUGAAAAUAUGUCUAUGAGACUAGAAGAAGUGAAUGAAAGAGAACAUUUUAUGAAAGCUUCUCUUCAAACAGUCGACCUUCGACUCUCUCAAUUGGAAGAACUAUCUGGUCGCAUGGUGAAUGCUCUUGAGAAGCUGGCAGGUAUUGACAAAUCUGAGCUGACGUAUACACGUUCACGGGCUUCGUCUGAGUGUGAUGCUGCAUAUCUCCUAAGGCAAAGCAGCGUUAACAGCUCUGAUGGCUGCAGCAUGUACAGAUACCAUGUUGGCGGCGAUGAAUUAACGUAUGAUGACAGUACCGCUCCUACGUCACCAGCUAUGGGAUUGCGUAAAAAAGCCCAUUCUGUUGGUACCAAAGAAGAUGUAGCAGACCCAAAGAUGCUGGUUCCAGAACACCACACCAGUCUCCAUUAUACUUCUAGUGCUAAUACAGUCACCACAGCAGAUUACAGUAAAUCUACAUUAGAAAUUGCUCAGAAUGUUUCCAGACCCCAUGGUGGUCCAGGUGGUUUUGGGGAUGAAAAGCAGGGGAUUUUCAAGGGUGAUGGAAUGGUUCCUGGAAGUAUAAACCAGAUGGAUGCUGUUACAAACAGACAGAACACUCAGUUAAAAGUAGAACGCACCAAGUUAGAAGCAACCAUCUCUUAUCCCUUGGACAAAUCUAAAGCAAUGCGCUAUUUUCCUCCAGAAACAUUCAGUGCUUGUCAAACCACUAUGAUGAAGUCAAGGAGCUUUAUAUUUGCACAGGGUAGGAAGCUGGUUGGAGGAGUUAACAACUGGACCACAGAGUAUAGUACCAUUAUGGAUCAGAUGUGCCCUUCUACAAUUGAACAAUGGGCCACAGAAUGGAAAUACGAAGUUGAGCAACAACUUUCUCAAGAACGUCCUCCAGAAUACCCUGGGUUUACUUCUGAGGCAGAAAGGCAAGCAGAGCAGAAAGAGAUACAAAUGGACACAGAUGACAGUGAUGUUGGUGAAACCGGUAUGAGUGCCUCUUAUACCUCCAUGCCUGCCACUGUCAAGGCUGAGAAAGAGAAUUUACUGUCAGUAAAGCCAGAAAGGACUUCAGGGUUCCCAUCAGUACGGUCGAAGAGUUUACACAGCCAUUCUCGGAAAGCCAAGUCCAUAAAGGACAAAUUAAAUAGACCAGGACAUGCAAGCAGUGUAACUAAUCUGGUGGUAGCAUUUGGCAGUACAACAGAAGAACGGAAAGCUAGGCAAGAAAAUGCAUCCACAGAAACUGAAUGUUAA